GUCUCGAAAACCCGACCCUUGUUGCCUACGUCGGGUUUUCGAGAUUCAAAUUAGACGUCCGUCGGCCUUGGACCCGAAGAGAAUCAAACGAAUGAGGGGAAUAAAAUGCUUUAAAUGUAUAGUUUAAUUGAUAAAAACUUUGCCUGACAACAUGGAUGACUUCGUCAAAAAUAAGCUUAAGAACAAUGCCAAGAUUUACAGUGAUACUUUGGAGCGAAUCGUUCAGAAGUAUUCAAAGCUGCAUGACAAUGGGACUGAGGUGAACCUGGAGGACAUAACACCCCAAGAAGUGAGAGGAUGCAUGGUCAAGUCAGAGUUGGAGCUAUCAAAGCUUGGAUUUAAUGAUGCUAACCUGGCAGAGCUGUCACUAGGAGAUGUUUCUGAAAUACACAGGCCACAGGACACCACUGGAGAUUUCAAGAUGGACAUCUCAUACCACCAGGAUGAUCCCAACAAUGAUUGUGUAGAUGAGGGUGCUGUAGAUGCGAGUCCUGUCACUAUCAACAGUAAUGAUUAUGUUAUGCAGCAGGCUGCAGAGAACAGCCACUGGGUGGAUAAUUCCAAGAUGAAUGGGACUAGGAGUAGCCUGUGGGGGGCGCCAGAGGAGCAGGAUGAGGAGCUGGAGUGCUCUCUGAGCAGUCAAUGUAGCACUCUACUGGACCUGUAUCCCAGCAUGCUCAGCAAGGUAGGAGAGGCCUGGCAGCGCCAGCAUAUGUCCGACGCGGCUGUAGGGGUGCUGAGGAGGUACCACAGACUCAGGUGGUUCUCUAACAGAAACCUCAAUAACAGCACCUUCAACAUCACCCUGAGACCUGCUCACAGAAAGACUACCCUCAACAAUGGCCAAUCCAACCUCCAAACAUCUCAGAACACCAUACUGAAUGUGACUAACCCCAAGAGUCUUAAGUUUAACGUCAAAAGGACAACAACCCACACACAUCCUCCUCCACAGACCAAAGUCAACCUCCAGGAGUGGCCAGCAGAGAGGCUGUCCCCCAGGAAGGGGACAGAUUCAGGGAACAGACAACCGCCCCGCCCUGUUCUAGUGAUGGACUUCUCCUCUCGUCCCUCCUCUGCAGGCUCCAGUCCUGCCUCCCCCCCUCUCUCCUCUGCAGCCUCCUCCCCUCUCUCUGCUCUCUCCUCUGCAGCCUCCUCUCCUCCCUCCUCUGCAGCCUCCCUUCCCUGCUCUGCUCUCUCCUCUGCAGACUCCUCUCUACAGGAGAGCCCUGAGCCAGAGGAGCCCCCCCUAAACCAAACCUUCAUCGUGUCCAUGCCCUCUUCCCCACCCCCCAGGGUUGGGUAUACUACCCUUGUCUUCAGUCCUGCAAGAUCUGAAGGCCCCUUCACAGCAAGAGGGUUGAGCAGCCCAUCUAUAAGGAAGUGUGCCCUCCCCACACUUCCCCAUCAGAGGUUUUUCACAGCAGUAUGCCCUGUGGUCAGUAUGAACAUGUCUUCAGACUACCGCUCCCCAGUAGCACUGAGUCCCUACAGAGCCAGACUGCUGAGCUGGGACGGCCAGCGUGCAGCAUCUAACGCCCACCAUAGAAGCCCCAAGUCGGGUUUUGCUGGAUAUCAUCAGAGAAACACUGUGGAGCCCAGAUCUUCCCCUGCGUCUUCACCCUCCUCUCUUCAUAGGCCUCUGAUGUCACCCAGGAAGCCCCACCACCUGGACUCCUGCAGUCCCUCCCAGCUGAAACUCCAAUCGUCUAGAUCAUCAUCCAAUCAUGAGUCUGGGGCAGGCCAGCCAAGGCUCCGGCGACACUGUUCCCUGGAUUCCUUCUCCCCAUCUAUCAGUCUCUUACGAAACUCUGCUAAGCAGAUUGACAAGGACUUCCAGAAGGUCUACCACAAGCUUGUCUGUCAGGGCAAAUCCUCCUCCUCCUGCCGCAUGUGUGAGAGGAGAGCAGAGACCACCAGAGGAACCUCCUCCUCUGCUCUGGCCGCCCUGGCCCUGUCUCCUCACCACUCUGUCAUAAGGAAGCGUUGCAGGGAGCUGGUCCAGGAACAGUCCCCAGAGUCCAAACGCUUCAGGGAUCGCUCCUUUGUGUACUCCCCAGGAUCCCUCCGCCAGAGGAUAGAAAUGUUCAGGUGCCAGAACAGCUCAGACAGCCAUUUGUCCUCCACCCAGAGGGACAUCUCCUGCGACUCCCACAACUGGAGCCCCCGCAAGGCCAGCCUGGCUCAGACCCACCACAGCCCCCAUCACCAACAUCACUCAUCAGAUGCAGCAGUCAGGAAAGCUGCAGGCUCCUGGUCCGGCCUGCAUGUUGAUCAGCACUCUCCUGCUUGGAGAGAGAAAUACAACAGAUUUGUUCAAAUUCAUCAAGGAAAGUCAGCUGUCAAGGCAGAGUGCCAAUGUGGCUGUUCGCCAAGUUUCUCUAGGAGACAGCUUCUGUAUAAAUGAUGUCACCCCACAGAAAGGCUGUCCUAUCCUGCACCUCUACCUGUGGUUUAUAUGCCAGAGUUGAAAACAUUUACAUUUUAGUCAUUUAGCAGACGCUCUUAUCCAGAGCGACCUACAGUUAGUGAGUGCAUAC